AUGUCGAGACGCUCGUCGAAUCUCGAGUUCAGCAUUCGUGGCGACGAGCUUGAGCAACAUCGCAUCCAGCUCGAACACAAUCUACAGCACACCGACCUAUCUCUGCAUCUGUCCAAUCCUGACGAGGACUACUCCGACGUUGAAUACCCCAGACAUAACUCAGCUCCAUCACCCUCCUUCGCAUUUGCCUCCUUCGAACAACGCUCUGGCGACCAGUUCGAUCCCCAUGAGCAGAGUCAGUAUCAUGCAUGGUCCUUCCAAUCCUUCAACCGGGACGAAACAGGCGGCCCAUACGGUGGAGAAACACUGUCUACUGCAGCACAUCAUGCCAGCGCUCUCACUCUUAGCGCUGGCCUUGGUGGGAGAGCUAACCGAAGGGAUGUCAGCCUUAGCGGCGCGGAAUAUGACCCAGAUCGUCCUCUUCAGGGUAUCAUAGCGGGCAUUGACAGCCGCUUCAGUGUGCUCGAUGUGGACUCCACGAGGUCGAAGAACUUGACCUCAAAUGCCGUUGGCUUUGAUCCACUAGUUGUCGAUGUCGAUGAUACCGCCGAGCUUGACAGAGUACUCGAGACUGGCCAUGCACGGAUACCCCCAAAGAUUCGCUCCCCCGCCUCCUCCUUCUCUUCGAGUAGCUCACCUUCUGAGCCUGCCUCUCCUCGUCCUCAGUCACCAUCUUUGCGGCCGAGGCUCUCUGACGCGUUGCAUGCCGUGUCUUUCUCUCCCAAGCGGCCACGUAGUGCACAAGCACAGUUGCCGCCUCGCCAACGCGCCGAUUCUCCAUCUGCUCUUCCAUCAUCUUCGCCCAGCUUCUCCAGACACUGCGAGGGGACCACACCCAGGCCAAGCCGCCAGAGCCACAACGUUGCGACUAGUCACGAUAACUACCAGCAGUCUCUGUCGUAUGUGGAUCCAGCUGUCAACGUGCUACCGCCCACUCCGUCGGUUUCGAAUGGGUCCAAGUUUUCUAGGAUGGCGCGAGAUCUGGCGCAGAAAAUCGAAACGGAACAGCACUUCGAAGAUGGUCGUGGCCGUGGGCGCGAUGAGCCUGAGCGCAUUGUGGCGCAAAGUACGGUGCGUGAUUCUAAGGUGGUCAAGCAGCGCAGGGAGCGAAACCCGUUCCAGGAUGUCGCCAACCGUGCUGCAGGCGCUGCUAAGAUGAGACAAGCACCUGUCCAGAAACCUCCCCUAAGGACACCGCUAAAGAGCCGAAUCCAUCUGCCUGACGUGACAGGCCUCACCAGUGCGAUCGGCUCGCCCGCUCGAAUUGGAAUGGAGUUCUACAAGUAUGACGGGAAGGAUGAUAAUGAAGGCGAAGCACGUCUGUUUGCCACGCUGAACGCGGUGCAGUCAAAGCUGGCCUUCCUCGAGAACGAGAACAGUAUCUCUCGCCGCCGUGUCCAUGAACUGGAGCUAGAACUAGAGGCCUGUAAGCAGGAGGUAGCCAGAGAGCGUACCAAAGUCCUCGAUCGCGAGGAGGUCAUUGCCCAGCGUGCUGCAGAUGUGAUCGGACGCGAGCGCGAGCGACUUGCAGAUAUCAGUCGACAAGCUAGAGGAAAGGCCAGGGAGCCUCGACGCCGCCCUGACGGCGACUCUUCAUACCGUGCGGCGAAUGAAAGCCGAUACAAGGAGGUUGUGGAGGAGAAAAAAGGCGAGUGCACCCUAGAGGCCCUGAUCACGACCCUACGCAACCACCUAUCACGUCUCACUACUGAGCUCGCGGAGCAUCAGCAUCUCUUGGAGGAUCUCCGAUCACUCCGCGACUCUGAUGCCCGCGCGCUGGCUGAGAAGAGCAGGGACGUGGACCAGCUUCGUCAGGAAGUUGAGCGCUUAGCCGGAGAAGUUGAGGUUCUCAGAGGCGUCGUGGAGGAGGGUUUGAAAGAGCGACGUGCAGCCCGCGAACAACUCUCGCGGGAAUUGUCACACGAUGUCAGUGAUGACGAGCGCAGCGGGCGGUCAAGUCCUGUUCAAGACGAUAAUGCCCAUCGCGCGAACACCACUAUACACGCAGCAGAGGUGUCGUCUGAGUCGGACGAAGAGGACGAUGUUUCGGAAAGCUCUGGACACCGGUCGCCCACUCCGUCGCGCACCCGCGAGAACCUGGCGGAUAGGACCACACGGACGGACUACGCAACGCUAGGUUCCUCACAACCACCCGACGAGCCCAGCACGCGCGCCUUCGUCGAACCUGAGGAGCUUGGCCUUAUUGCCAAUGAUGUGCAAGAACGACGCUCGGAGCGAUCGGUUUCCCAGUCCUGGUCGUCCGGCUCAAGAGACAGGAGUGUAUCCCGGCCGAUGUCUAGAGCAUCCGCGUUAUCUCGUUCCACGUCGUCUGCGCCCUCCAUGAUGGGUUCAAGGCGUGUAAGUUCACCGUCAGUGUCUAGACGUAGCGACGAUGAAGGCGAUGGCGACAAGGUCUCAGAUGACGAGACUCGCCCUGCGACACCCAACGCACAAAUGGCCGCGCCCUCUCGGUCUCGCCCAGCAGCCCCUACGCCUGCCCAUGCUCUUCGGGAUCAAUAUCGGAACACACGGCCAGCUCCUGACAACAAGGCCUCGUCGAGCAAGGCGCGCGCUGCAGUUGAGGAAGAAACGCCCUUUCCAAGCAUCCGUGGGAAACACAUGGAGCGUCUCUUCUUUUCUGCACCGGAACAUAACGCGGAGACUUGCACAGUAUGCCACCGUCGUCGACGAACUCACCACACUGCUGGUGAGGAUGCAGAGCCAAUUGCUUUCUGGCUCUCAGGUACGGUCAAAGCGCGGAAGCCCAAAGUCAGGGUGGACGAUGAGGACGACGAAGGUUUUGCGGAAGGUCCUGAGGACGACGCUCAGCCGCAGCCAUCUGGCAAAGGAAAAGAGCGCGAGAGUGCACGAGUUCCCCAGCAGACAGUCCUUGCACGCGUUAUCAGGGAGCUUGAGGAUGACUUCGCGCAUUACAAAAGUAUCUACGUGGAGCUGGCCGACCAAUACAAGCUCAUGGACGCUGUCUCCAACGUCGCGAAGAGAAACAUCGUCGCAGGAAAUCUGCGUGAAGUCAUCGACAUUCUUGAGCAAAAGGUGAAGAGAAGCGUAUCAUACCUACCGCAAAUCGUUGUUGACUGUGUUACAUUAGGGUGA